AUGAUUCUUCUCGGCACGAAGCGCAUCCAGACCACGGCAUACCAUCCCAGUGCUAACGGCAUGUUAGAGCGCCUACAUCGCCAGUUGAAGGAGGCUCUCACAGCUUCAUCCUCCACGCGUCAAUGGGUGGACCAGUUACCCUUGGCGCUCCUGCACAUACAGACCUCUUUCAAGCAGGACCUUCAAUGCACCGCAGCUGAGAUGGUUUACGGAACCACCAUAGCCCUCCCUGCCGACUUCGUAGUUAGCUCCGGAAGUCAGGACCCGGGAGCUUUCGGAAAGCAGCUCCGCAACCGCAUGGCCCGCAUCCGCUCUCGUCCUACACGACCUUCACGGCAGCGAGAUAUAUACUUACCACGCGACCUUCACGACUGCUCACACAUCUUCAUCAGGCGACCCACCAAGCCACCUCUGUGCCCGCCCUACGAGGGACCUUUUCCUGUCGUCAAGCGGGACGGUAAGACCAUCACCAUUCGGCGUCCCCGAGGGGAGGACAUCGUCUGCAUCGACCGUGCGAAACCUGCACACCUCCAAGAACCGUGCACGGUUUCGAGGGUCCCCGCCGAUUACCGCCAAUCACCGCUUAGCUCUCCUGACCUGACCAGCGAGUAA